GUUUCACACUAAUAAGGAGCAGCAAGCCCCAGCCUGUGACAACCUGUGCAGUACCCAGGUAGUCCAGACGUCGGUCAAUCGUACACGCCAGGUACUAGAUGAUGGCACUUACACGCAUCGCCUCCAUCAUUGCUACAGCCUUGACUGGCUUAACCAUCAUUCCAGCCCUCGUGUUUACUUUGCUAUCGUUUCGUCUGAAAAAUUUUCAAAAAAGAACCAACGAAGCCAUGGGUAUUCUUUCUACGAGCGGCUCUUGUCACGUAUUCACUGUGGACAAUCCUAUACACCGCAGCUCGCGGCUACGAGAUUGAGCAUCUCGACAACAGGGACCCCGACACAGAUUGGCGACGGAACAUAUAUCUUACAGCACCUAUCCUCGCGCAGAUAUCGACAUGGAUGCUCCUGAUCGCUCAGUCAUUAC